AUGUAUCCAGAUUGGCCUGAGUCCGAUGCUGAUUUGGUGCCACUGCCACUUUGCGAUGGCCCAAAGCUGAAGCCAUUCGACUUCCAGGGGCCGCAGAAAAUCGAAUUCCUCGAUUACCUCGGGGAAGGCCUGCACGCACAUGUCCUCAAAGUCAAAAUUCUAGGACAAAUCUACGCCUUGAAACUCUUCAGGUUCGGCUACGACGAAGACUGGUUAGGUAACGGACCGUACAUCGACCCGGACAAUCUCGAGGCCAUGAGCGCCUUUUACGAAUAUUCGGAGCCUUUUAGCUGCGAAUGUCGUGCUUUUGGUCGCCUUCAAGAAGACGGCCAUGAAGAGCUGGCCGCUCGGUGCUACGGCUACGUGCUCCUCGACGAAGAACACGAACGUGUCGUGAUGGAUCAGUUCAGCCACCUCGAGAUCAAUUUCAACGGCAACAUCCAAUAUAGUGGAUAUGAGGAUUUGCGCUCACGUUUUGUGGGCAAAGGCGUCGACAGGGCCCCGCCCAUCCGGGGCAUCGUCAAGGAGUUCGGUCCCACCGAGGAGGAUUUGCGGACAAGGGAAGUGCGUAGGAUGCUCAAAGAUGUUAUUCGAUUGCAGCAACUCGGCAUCAUCUACAUCGACGUAGGGCACCGGCAACUUGUCGGCGGCAAGUUCUGCGACUUCAGCACCGCUAUCACCGUGCCGCAUUAUAUCACUACUCCGGAGCUGAACCCGCGUCUUGGGCCUGAGUGGAUACCCGCCCUAGAGUUUGAAACUUUCCAGUUCAGUAUCAACGACUACUGGCAAUUCGACGAGAUGGUGCGGGAGUGGAAUGAUGAACAGGAGAAGCGGAAGACCAAGAAGAAGAAAAUCUCAGUCUACGCAUUUCCCGGCGGGAGAGGUUGUCGAAUCAAAUACAACCUGAGAAAUUUCGAAUUUCCGCCGACGACUCGCUACCAGGCCACCUAG